AAAAAAUUAAAAACAUUUGUUAUGUUUUGAAAAAAAGUUUUCAUUUAAUUCAUCGAUUGAUUGAUUGAAUUGCUAUUAAAAUAAUGUCUAAUUUGACUAAAAUUGCAAACAAAUUGUUUGAAAUCAAAUGUUGGCAAUCGGUGGCCAUCACAGCGGCCUCAUUGGCGGUCACAUCGCGCGGUAUUCACACGACUGGCGUACGCUUGAAGGACGGCGAUCGGCGGUCAAUGUUGAAAGGGCUGCCGAAACGGGACGAAGGAUCGCACGGCGAACAACACUUUGUCGGUCCGUACGACAAGAUAUGCGACUUUCCGACUGUGGACACACCCAACCAGUUGUACGAUGACGUGCCCUAUAAAGAUCUACCGGUACUGCAUAUAAAGUGUACGAAAAACAAUACAUUGUUUACAUUAACCCAACCUCACGGCAAUUUCAUACUGAACCGAACCUGCGGUAUGGAUGGCUUCAAAAAUUGUCGCAAAGGUACGAAUGUGGCCGCACAGGCAACGGGUCUUGCAAUAGCUCAGCGGGCGUUGCGUAUGGGCUAUAAAAAUGUUAAAGUAGCCGUACGCGGACUGGGCGCCGGCAGACUGGCCUCGUUUAAAGGACUCCAAAUGGGCGGACUUAAUAUAGUGUCCAUUACCGAUAUGACGCCCAUCGAAGAGGUUCCACGUCAUAGGCCACCCGCCGCCCGAAGUGUUUAG